AUGCUUCUCAGCUUAUAUUUUGUCAAUACUAUUAUACCAUUUUCAAAUGAACAAUUACUUAUUAUUAAUAAAGGUUUAAAAUAUAUUCCACCAUGUCAAAGUCGUUUCUAUCACCGUCAACCUGUAGAAAAAAUUAUUGAACGAGAAUACAGUCGACUCUAUGACGAAAAUAUUAAAAAUCUUACUGAUUACACUUUUUCAACUCGUGAUAAACGUGCUAUUGAAUAUUUUACUGAAAUAAAAAAUUUACUUGAACAGUUAUAUACCAAACCAUUACCAACAAAACUUAAACGACACGCACGAUAUAUGUACAAAAUGAUAAAGUCAAUGCAGCGAAAAUUACAAAAAGCUAAUAUUGCCGUUGGUCAAACUGAUAAAAGUAAAUUAUUCUUCUUUAUUGAUGCACAGGAAUAUCAAGAAAAAAUUACAAACUAUAUGAAUAAAACCAAUGCUUAUCAAGAAAUUUCCAGUGGUAUUUGCCCAUUAGCCGACAAUUUACAUUUGGUAAUAUUAUUACUUGAUCAUUUAGUUCAGCGGAAUGAAAUUACCAAUGAACAGUAUAAACAAAUGUAUCCAAAUUUAAAAACAUUAGAAUUAGCUCAUAUUUAUUUUAAUCUUAAAGUACAUAAGCCUGAAAUGUCAGUUCGACCUAUAGUUGCUUCUAUCAACGCACCAGCUAGACAAAUAUCCAGUUUUCUUGAUGAACUUCUUACACCAAUUUAUAAUUAUGUGACAAAAGAUAUUACAUUUAUUAAUGGUAUAGAUGUUGUUCGAAAAUUACAAGAAUAUCAACAACAAGGUUAUCUUACAUCAACAACAUUAUUUCUGACCUUUGAUGUGGCUGAUUUAUAUACAAUGAUACCACGGGAUGGUGCUAUUGCUGCUUUAACUCGAUUUUGUCAAAAAUAUGCAAACAAUGGCAAAAUUGGAAAUAUCAAAGUCGAUACUAUUAUUCAAUUAGCUUGUGUUGUUUUAGACACCAAUUCAUUUGCUUAUAAAGAUAAAUAUUAUCGACAAAUUAAAGGAGGUGCGAUGGGUUCACCCUUUACGAUGGUGCUAGCCAAUAUUUAUAUGUUAGAAUGGGAACAAAAAUUAAUUCAACAUCAAAAAGAACAUCAUGAAAUUUAUGGACGAUAUAUUGACGAUGUAUUUAUGACAACGAAUUUAUCAAAAGAAGAAAUUUUAAAAGAACUCGAUGAAACUAUUAUAACAGAUUCAAAUAUAAAAAUUACUACUUCGAUUAAUCAAUCAUUAGAAUAUCUUGAUGUUACUAUUGAAAAUGAUAAUGGAAAUUUAAAAACAUCUAUUUAUCAUAAAUCAGCUUCAGAACCGUAUAUUCUACCUUUUGAAUCUGAUCAUCCACGACAUGUUCAUGCAAAUAUAAUUUAUACUGCAUUAAUUCGAGCAGCACGUCUUUGUUCAACUGUUGAAUAUUUUGAUAUGGAACGAUUAAAUACAGAAAUGAUAUUAUUAGUCAAUGGUUAUCCACCAAAAUUUAUACAACAACACAUGAAAAGCUUCUUUAUGAAAUAUGAUGCUAUGAAUGUGCCGACUGAGUUAAAUAGUGAAGCAUAUCAACAGCUACAUCAUAAAUUACUUUACAAAGAAACAAGAAGAGAAAAGGAAACAAAAAUCCAAAAUAAUGAUAAUUUAAUUCAAAAAAAGAAAAAAUAUGAGCAUAAAGAUCAAAUUUACCUUCAUUACACAUUCGAAAAUGGACCACUGCUAAAUUUUAAAAAAGAAUAUCGUGAAAUAUGGCAAAAAUACUAUGUUUAUCCAGGAUCACGUUUGAAAAAUACACGACUCAUUCUUGGUACAAUAUUAAAUCGUACAUUACAAAGUCUUUUAAUUCACAAAAAGCCUCCACGGAUAAUGUUGACAAAAAUGGAAUCUAGCACAGGGGCGGUUCAGACAACAACGACGAAACAAUUUCAUCAUUGA